AUGAGUGGGCUCCGAGUUCCUGCAGCGGCAGGCACUGGGGGAGGAGCCGGUGUCGGCAGAGCAGGAGACCAGGGGGGAUCAGCGGCUGCGGCUAUGGAGACUAGUGCACCAGCUACUGUCGCUGAUAUUACUGAGCAGUUUCGGCGUACUCACACUUCUGGAGGAGGGGCAGCAGCCGCAGGAGCAGCAGGUGCAGGGGCUGGGGCUGCCACGGACCCUGCUCUACUUUCCAGGGUGGCGGAGAUUAGGGACGCCAUCCAGGCAGAGACGGUACCACCAGAGUUUACAGCGCUCAUAGAGACAGAGUCCGCUGUACUAGCAGCUGACUUGCGAGCCGUCGUUAAGACCGAGAGGGGUCUGGCGAAGACUCGCAAGCAGUUUUCUGAGGGACAGGUGGCGCACUGCAUCCCGAAGAACUUUGUACCUGAGCUCCACCUCCACACUACAGAGGCACAGGAGCAGCUUCGGACUAGGAUGCAGGAGCUUCAGCAGCACGCACAGGGACAGAUGCAGCUGAUUCUUAUCAGCGGCCAGGUGGAGGACUUGCAGCAGCUUCAGACUCGGGUCACUACCUGGCGUGACAGGCUUCUCGUGACGAUAGACGACCGACUUGCGAGAGCCUGUGACGUGGGGUUCCUUGCGCAGCAGUUUGCAGCAGAGCCGGCACGCUCUGCUAUCUGGCAGAGCAUCCAGACGCUGAGGGUUAGGUGCCACGCUGCUGUUACAGACGCACUCCUCCGUGUAGGGCUGCAGCACCGGCAGUACGCAGACACUGAGAGCAGGCGGGUGGAGCAGCAGCAGCGUCAGAGAGAGCGACGUCAGGAGCGGCGUGAGCAGGCAGAGGCGACGCCUGUAGACCAGACCAUGGGAGAGUUUGUCCCCAGGGAGGUCGAGAGGCAGGUGGGCGCCUGGCAGGACGAGGCCCGGGAGCAGCUUCGUCGCAUCCUCGAGCGACUUGACCGUUUGGAGGGGCGGCGCUCAGGGCAGUCAGGCCAGCAGCAGCGAGGCAGGACCAGGACUAGGGAGGUUACGGGUGACGGACGCCUGGAGUCCGUCUCUCCUGUCCGUAGCCGCACUCCGCAGGGCCGACAGGGCAGCCGCUCACAGCCUACUCAGGGAGCGGGUGCACAGACUGCAGGGUCCCUCGUACUUUCCCUUUUCUGGCGCACCUGCGCAGCAGCAGUUCUACCAGCAGCCUUUUUUGGGGCCUUCUUUCCAGCAGCAGCAGUUUGGAGCACCCCUCCGGCAGCAGCAGUUUGGAGCACCUCCUCCGACCCCCCCACAGCCCCCCCUGCCACAGCAGCCUCCACAGGGUCAGGGGGAGCAGCAGGGGCAGGCGAGGCAGUAGAGGGAGUCGUGGGGGAGGAGGAGGUGGCGGACAAGCUAACUAACGUGGCUGUCCACAACCUUUCGCGCAGGCAGUUGUCAGAGGAUGAGCUUGCAGGCCUCGCCCUUGGCCUCAAGUUCAUCCCGACACCACCCUCCUUAGACCAGGAGCAGCUGAGACAGGCGGUGGAGCAGUUUCAGAGGAGGGUCAGGCUGGCUUGGCAGUUCCGGGACAGUCGCAGACCAGUACCCAGGUUCAGAGUCCCACGUCCCAGCUGGCAGCCGAGUUCGGGACCAGAGGAGGUUGAGGAGUACCUGGCCGGGGUAGCUGACAGGGUAGAGGGUUUGUCGGAGCUGAUAGGGGGGCCAGCGCGGCCCAACGUGAGCAGGAGGGUGUUGGGCGCGCUGCAGAGGUUGAGUCGGGACCGGUCUAUAGUUAUUAAACCGGCCGACAAAAACCUUGGGAUUGCGGUGUUAGACAGGGAGUGGUACGAGGGGGAGGCGCUGAGGCAGCUGGGGGACAGGGCGGUUUACGAGCCGGUGGCUAUGGUGCCGUUGCAGAGACUUUGGGGGCAGUUGUGUCGGUGGGCAGAGCAGGCACGCCUGGCAGGGUUGCCGUCGCAGGUGUUAGACUUUAUCCUGCAGCCACGCACUCCGUGUUUGGAGCGGGCUACCAGAGCUUGGGAGCGGUUUCGGGUGUGCAGAUUCUACUUGCUACCGAAGCUGCACAAGACUCCAGUAGCCGGCAGGCCUAUCUGCUCGUCCACGCUCUGGGUUUUUGAGCAUGCAUCGGCAGUCUUAGACCACUACCUCCGCCCUUUACUACGGUUUUCACCCUCGCACCUUCCAAACUCACUUGCACUUUUGCACCAGCUAGAGGACCUUCGUGUGCCAGCAGAGGCUCUCUUCCUGACCUACGACGUUGAGAGCCUCUACCCAUCGAUCCCUAUCGACGCAGACGAGAGGUUGCUAGAGACAGAGCCCGAGUUGUCGCAGCACGUCCUUCUCCACCGCAGGUUCAUAGACGACGGGGUGGUGGUUUGGACGGGGACACGGGAGCGGCUGCUGGAGUGGGUGGGGGCGUUUGGUGGGUUGUAUUUUAAUGAUACGACGACCCACGAGAUCUCCACCUCACAGUUCACCUUGCUGGAUAUCACGUUCAGCAAGGGAGAGCUCUGGCAGACGACGGCUAUCUUGGACACCACGACCUUCCAGAAGCCGCUCAACGUGUACCAGUACUUUCCUUUCUCCUCCGCGCACCCCUCUCACUGCAAGAGGGGCUUCAUCUUGGGUGAGCUGCAGCGGUACAUUCUGAGGGAGUCCAGUUCUCGAGGGUUUAGGAGUAUCAGGUCGGCCUUCUACGCUCGGCUGCGGGCGCGGGGGUACCCAGACACUUUCUUGCAGCCGAUCUUCAGCAGCAUCUCCUACGCACGACGCCCGGAGCUUCUUGCCAGGUCACGGGCUCGGGGGGAGGGGGAGCAGGAGGCGCAGCAGCGGGUUCUCCCUCUUGUUCUCGACUUCCACCCGAGUGUGCAGCAGGUCCGCUGGGGUAGGUUGCUGGCCUUCCCUCCAGAGGCACCAGCGUUUGAGCAGCUUUCUCACUACAGGGCACCUUUCGUGUCCUACAGGGCACCUCCGUCGCUCCGACAGCUACUCGUGCGAGCGUCGUUCAGGUGA